AUGUAUGGAUGUCGUGUGAUUCAAAAAGCUUUGGAAUCAGUUGAUCAGGACUGUCAGAUGGAAGUUAUAAAAGAAAUUAGCAAUCAUGUGCUUAAAUGUGUUAAAGAUCAAAAUGGAAACCAUGUGGUGCAAAAGAUCAUUGAAAGAGUGGAGCCUCAACAACUUCAAUUUAUCAUUGAUGCGUUUACUAAAGGAGCACCCGACACUGUCUGUUCGCUUUCUUCUCAUCCUUAUGGAUGUCGUGUUAUUCAACGUGUUCUUGAACAUUGUACAGAAGAACAAAAGAGACCAGUUCUUGAGCAAUUACACGAAAACAUUUUUACACUUGUAACAGAUCAAUAUGGCAAUUACGUGAUCCAACACGUUAUUGAACAUGGAAUUUCUUUGGAUCGAGAACGUAUUGUAAAGUGUUUACGUGGUGAUGUACUCAAAUAUGCUCAACAUAAAUUUGCUUCUAAUGUAAUUGAAAAAUGUUUAAUUUGUGGAACAACUGAACAGAAAAAUAUUUUGAUUGAUGAAGUUUGUAAUGAUGAUGGGGCUCCAAAUCCACAACUUCUUGAAAUGAUGAAGGAUCCAUUUGCAAAUUAUGUGGUCCAAAAGAUGCUUGAUGUUUCAGAUAGUGCACAUCGAAAGAAAAUUAUGUUUUCCAUCAAAAGUCACAUUCCUGCUUUGAGAAAAUUUAAUUAUGGAAAGCACAUUAUCGCCAAAUUGGAGAAAUAUUUUCAAAAGACGAAUCCUGGUGUUCCAUUUAGUUUAAUAUCUGGAGAACAAUCACCACAACAACAAUUUUCCAAUACAUCAGUCAACACAGCUGUUUCUAAUAAUAAUAAUAAUUUUGAGAAUGGACCGCCAAUAUAUUAA